UACUUCUUGCAUUUUACGUGAACUAUCAUUUUAAUACCCCUUUAACUUCCUUUACAUACUUGUUACUCCCUCUUAAGUCCCCCCAGAUAUACAAUUUAUUCUACUAUUGAGUAGAAUUCUGCAUCUGUAAGACAUGGGCUGAGUCAUCUUCAGAUCAUAUUGAGAAAGACUGAGCUGUAUCCCAAGAAAUCCUUUUUACUGAAACUACACUGUUUAAAUAAUAUUGCCAGGAGUGUAAGCUAUUGAAGUCAAUCUGUUCUACUUUCCAGAAGACUCAGUAAACAAAAAUACUUAGCACAGGAGGAUAGGAAGUCCUAGUAAGUAUGUGACACAGAUGAUUCCCCAAAGCACAGAAGUACUAGAAACAGCAGCUGAAGCGGAGGUAAUGAUUGUAAGCAACACAGUGGAGAAUGCAGAAGUAAAAAUCCUCAAACUAUCUAUUCUGAAGGCUUUGUCAGUGACUUGCUCUGAAACAGCUAGAAGCAGCCGUUGUUUAGAACUAUCUGAAACUGAAGAGAAGAAAAUGCAGAAAAAUGAAAGAAAGAAGAAAAAAGAACAACAGAUCUUUUCCCAAAACAAUAAAGGGGGAAAGAAAUUGCCAGCUAAGAAGAUAUCACAUCAGAAUUCUUCAUUUCUAAGCCUGCAGGAUCAUAUGAUUUCCCAGAAAAAAAAUAAAGUGGCUCAGCGAAUAUUAUCAGCAAGACUUCAUAAAAUUAAAGAGCUGAAGAAUGAAAUAUUUGAUUUGCAGCAUAAGUUAGAAGCAUCAAACUUAGAAAACCAGGUUUUGAAACGGCUUUGGUAUCGGCACUCAAAAGCAAUAGGUGGAUAUGAAAAUUCAGAAAGUGUCUUGCCUGAUCUGUUAACAAGGCAUUAUAGUGAGGUGAGUACCUUGAGGAAACACCUGAGGAUGUCUCAGGAGGAAGAAAGACGUGCAUCCAGAAAGCUUAGGAAAGUUGAAGCAGAGCUGCUAAAAGCUAAAGAUGAUUUGCAAGCCUUGUAUAAGCUUUCAGAAGACAAGACUCUUGCUGACAAAGAGGAACUUUAUCACAGAUUAUCAGUCCUUACGGAAAAAAUGGAAGUGAAUAAUAAGAGAAUACAGAGCCUAGAAAAGCAGCUGAAGUUGAACAAUAGCACCUUUAGUCGCCAGCUGGCAAAUGAGAAUAAAAAAGCUGUUGAAGCUGGGAUAAUUACAAAGAACUUGCAAAUGGAAAUUAACUCUCUUCACCAAAAAAUUAAGGAAAAGGAUCGGCAACUUUACAUAAAGAACAUCUAUGCAAAUCGCUUGCUUAGAAUCCCAAAGGACAAAGAUGAUUCAGUACCUCAAAACAAAAGUCUCAGUAUAAACACAUCGGUGCAAGUAGAUAAACAGCAUUUUAGAUCACUGCUAUCUCAGUACCAACCCCAGGAAAGAGAAGAAAGUUCAGUUCUGCUACAUGAGGAGAAAAAGGCCUCAGAAGAUAAGAAUCAAAAAGCUAAAGCAAGCAAAGCAUACACUGAUGCCCAAAGCGAAACAGAAGAGCAAUCAUCCAAGAAAAUACCAAAGCCAGAAAAUUUUAGUCAAACUCAUGGAGAAUAUUUAAAGGAAAACAAACCGCAGACAGCACACACUUGUCUGGAAUUUAUAAAACAAGAAGAAAGAAAGAGAGACUUGCUUAAACAGAAGUCAAAGAAAGCUGAAGAAACUCUGCUAAAUGACAGUGUAAAAGAGAACAAUCAAGAGGAAGAUGCAGUGGAAGAGAAAGAAAAACAGUCAGAAGAACAACUAAGAAGUGGGAAGGCAGGGAGUAAUUUUUUAACUCCAAGAAACAAAACGCUUUCUAAGCUGAAAAAACAGUAUGUAUUCUCAGAAACCACUGAAAAUUUGUAUCACGGGCUUCCUACAUCAGGUACAAAAUCCACAAAAUGCAGUCUUUGCAACAACAGACACGCAGGUCAGGACCACUGCAAAGAAGAAUCAAAAGUAAAGAAACUGUCUGGGCUAUAUGAACCAUCCUUCAGUAAAGUUACCAACAUGAGGCAGAAAGACAGUUUGACUGAAGCAGAAGGCUGUGCUCAUACAAUAUUCAGUGAAAGGAAGAAGAGUCUUAUGAAAGAACUCUUUGGACGAGGCAGUGUUUGCAAAGACAGCCGUUCGUGUUCUAACAUGAGAGGAAUGGAGAGAAAGCUGUGAGGGGAUGCAUGAUUACACAAGUGAAAUGUUAACCCUCCACUGAUUUAUAAAAUAGUGUCCAUCAUCAAUGAGUCAUUACAAAUAACCUUACAAGAACACACAAAAUUGGUAUUUAUAAGUAUAUCAACUUACCUUUCCAUUUCAAUUACACACUGUUUUUAACUUCAUAAAAUGUAUAUUAAGUCUUAGAAGUUUUGAGAAUUUCUGUCAAUGACUUUCAAAAUGAGAGGCAAAUCAGCUGUCACAGCAGAACAUUCUUCUAUUAUUGAUGCACAUGUAUGCAUCUAAGAGUGCCUCAACAAUUUUGUCAUUUUACCUGUUAUAGGGAGGUGUCCAAGUUACUCCUUUUUGGUUAAUUUUUGCAUUCUCUCUGCAGUUUGAAUCUUAAGUUAUUUGUUAACUAGCUCAGUGACCAGUCUGCUUUCAGAAGAUUCUUUAUUGAAUUGGAACCUAAAAUAUACUAAAAGAAAAUAAUUUUCACUCCUGACAUAGCUUCCAGAACUCACACAAUGAUUUGCUAUUACAUUGUUUGCAUUAGCAUUAUAAAGCUCUAAAGCUUCAUUCUUUUCCACUGUUAGAACUUAUCAAAGCAGUUUGCCUGGUAACUUCCACAGUUGACAUCCAGAAUUGAAUGUGCAAGACUAAAGCAUUGUUCUGGAGAAGUCAGGCAUAUCUAGUUCUCAAAAAGCCUUUAAAAAUCUUGCAUUUAAGGUUAUGUAAGUGAGGGUAGGAAGAUUAUGACUUGUUUCUGGUAGAAAUUCAUGAAAGGCUGCUAAAACGUAAGCUAAGAAAAAGGUAUUCUACUAAAUUUUAAAAAGCAGUAGCAAAAAACAACAACAACAACAAACCAACACCUGUACUAUGAAAACUUCUAAAGAUGAUUAAGAUAUUUUGAUCUGAACCUACUUCUAAGCAUACUUAUAUUCAGGUUAAGUUCUUUAAGUAGUACUUGAGCUGUGCAGUGGACAGAUUUUUCAAGAAUGAUUUAAUGUAGUCAAAAGAGUACUUUUCCUCUAUGUACUAUUAAUACUUCUACAAUCUCUUUCCUGCUGUCUCCAAAGUUAAGAGCAAACAAGCAGACAUAAUCCAGCAUUCCUGAUUGUACUAAAUAACCAAAAGCCUCUCUGCCCCUAUUCAUUCAGAUAUCCAACUAGAGCUGCCAACAAACUGUAUUUCAUUAUCUCAUGCUAACUGUGGAUAAAUAGCAAAUGCCAUUGUCAAUAUUCUAAAUGAUACUGCUUUUCUUGACUUCAUUGUGUUAAACUCUGUAACAAGCUAAGUGGAAACAUCAUUACUGAUAUCUUUAUAGUAAAAAAAUACACCAACUGCAUAGUUAAAAAGUCUGUAGACUCCAACACUAUCAAGAACACAGGUGGGUUUUAUUUUCUUUAGGAAAACUGUAACUAACAUUAAAAAUGUGGAUUAGAAAACCUGAGGUGGAUUGAAAAACUUUAUUUCACAAAUAAAGACACAAUUACAUGUAACAGAUUCAAUCUUGACUUUUUUUCUUGUCGAUAUUUAAUGUCUUCACUUUACUGUUGGCUAAAUGCAAUCCCUAAUAUAAAAACAAAUUAGUUUUUAAAUAACAUUUAAGAAAAA